CCACCCUUGAUAUUCUGGGACAGCUAUUUCGAAGUCUGGAUAGUAGUUAAGCUAAGGAACGGCUUUUCCAUUUUCCAAGACAACGUUCAGAAGGAAAAAGCGAAGGCAGAGAAGAGAGGUGCAAUAAUGAAGCCCCAACUCUACUCCAUCGUGAUUCUACUGCUUACCAGGAUUAACUAUGCGCAAACAGCAGACAAUUCUACCCAAGGUGCUGCAGCUUCUACGACACAACAGGCUCCGCUUCCUAUCGAUAACACCACAUCUGUUGCUAAACCCCCUGACAACAAUGUCACCUCUCCUACCCAAGCUCCCGGUGACCACAAAACCACUGCUCCUGAAACCACCGAGGACGUCACCUCUGUUACCAAUGCCCCCAAGGGCACCACCACCUCUGUUACCGAACCCCCUCGUGAAACGAUUGUUUCCGAAAUCCCCACUAACAAUGUCACGGUUCUUUCUGAAGCGCCCAGCAGCCAGGCCACAUCUGCUCCCAGCAGCCUGGCCCCCAACGUGUCACCCGUUCGCACCACCAAAGGAUUUAGUGGCGACACUCCGAGGGUAACCGAGAGCACCAGCGUAUCGAUACGAAACCAGACCUCGAAGCCUAUUGUGGCUGGAAACGCAACCACACGGCGGAGCAGCAAAGUCACUAACGCAGUCCGGAAGACUACAAGGCUUACUUCCGCCAAAUCAACUACUGGGAACAGAAGCAGCGCAUUCCCAGUGCCUUCGUUGUUUGCAAUCGUGCUGCUUGGCGUUUCCAUACUCUGUUUUUAAGAAAGCGUAGUUCUGUUGCACGCUGCCAUUCUGGGUGAAAAGGGAGGGCUAUUUUUUUUUCCCUUUUCUUUUUGCUGUUAAUAAAUGUGCCGUAGUCGGUUCUUUUAAGAAGUUCUCCAGCUCAUUUGCCACGAUCUUCUCUCUCGCCAGCCUUCAAUUAUGGAAAAACUGCUGAUUUUCUAACCAAAGAAGUAUGCCGUUUUGCUUCAGUUAAAUCAGACUGAGCUAUGGCUAUGACUCUUUAAUCAAAAAUCACAGCUAAGAUUAAAAACAAAGCAAACACUAACAGCUUAUCUUGUGCUGCUGGGUAUGUAAAUGGCUAAUCUUUAGCCAUUGUUGUUUUUUUUAGCAUAUCCAUUAGUCUUCCUGUAUGUAAAUAGUCUUCUGUUUCUAAAAACAAGAGCCAACGUUUCUCUACCAUUCCCUCCAGUUUGCUUUAUUUAUAUUUACACUCCAGUAAGUGGAGGAAAUGUCUGAAUUGGGAUGACUUCCCGCUGUCUCUGAAACCCAUGACUUCCUCCGUUGCUUGAGCAUCAGCAGAAAAUACCCUGAAAUCAAUUGGGAACAUCUCCCUCAAUACCCUUAAAAGCUUUCAACCAUCCAGUUUUUAUUUGUCAGGUCUACAAACAGCUAGGAUGGUACUUUAGGUUUACCACAGCUCAUGACCACCCAAAAAAUUUGCAACAUGCAACCAAGAAGCACUCUCCGAAAAGAGGCAGGUACUCACACCCUCGAGAUUAAAAAAAAAAAAGUUUGCAAUCAAGCCACACCAUGAGGAAAGCUGCACAGGCAGCCCUUUCUUGUUGGAGAUCCUUGAACGGACUUACAAGGACAGACAGUUGAGUAGGACACAGCUGAAAGAUACUUCACGGGUCAAGGCCAAAUGUGUGGAAAUCCUUCCAGAGACUCAAGUUUUUGUUUUGAAAAUCAACAAAAUUUCCUUCUGACCAAGACUUCUGACUACAGAUGUUAUCUGCAUAUACAUACAUACAUACAUACAUGUGUGUGUGUGUGUGUGUGUGUGAGGGUAUAUAAUGUGUUUUCUACUGUUGUGUUAUUAAAAGCAAAUUGAAUUAAGGUACCAAUAAUGCAAAUUAAAAUCGCUACAUAAAACUCCUUUCAGAUACCGUUAUGGUAGCAGCCAACAGCUUUUCCCAAACUUUUGCCUUCCACCGCUCUUGAGAUUCCGAAAGUGCUGCCCAUCCAUGAAUUAUGGAUGAACAUUGCCUUUUUUAACGUUCAUAUCUGGAGAAUUGGUGAGGGGGGUGGGGGGUGGUAAUGUCUCAGUGAGUGAAGACUCUGAAUUUGUCUGCUGGAAUGCUGACAGCCCAGUUUGAGACCCGAGCGCAGCGAGAUAGGGUGAGUUCCCCGUUCCUUGACCCAGCUCCUGCCCACCUAGCAGUUCAAAAACACACAAAUGCGAGUAGAUAAACAGGUACCACUUCUGUGGGAAGGUAACAGCGUUUUGUGCGGCUCGACGUAAAGUCACGUCGGCUCCAUGACCAUGGAAACAUCUUCAGACAACGCUGGCUCCCUCAGUAAGAAACAGAGAUGAGCACUGCCCCCUAGAGUUGGACAUGACUGGACAGGUGAAACCUUUACCUUUAGGCGGAGACUAUUUAACCACUCAGGGACACUGUGUCUGCAUUGGGCCAUUCUUUUCUCCAAGCAGCCUCACAACUUGCCUCAGGAACAUAAUCGAUUGCAAUGACUUCUGGAUAAUGAAUUGGUGAGAUCAUUUGUAUGGUACAACCUGUUCUAUAUGUUUGCUUAGCUAUCAAACAAAAAGAAUACGCUGCCAUCCAGUCCUUUAUUUGCUCAUACCUGAUUUGUGCAACAUUUAAUGUUGCCUUUUUUCCCCUAUGUUGAUUGACUAUGCCUAUUUCCAUGUACUCUCUUUUCAUUUUGUGGACGCAUCGCUUUGUGUUGGGGUUUUCCGCCCUCCUUUCGCAAACAUUCUCUAUAGGAAAAAGCUAUGAUAUCCAAGGUGGCAUUAACCAUAAAUAAACCACAAGCUCAGAAUAAGAGACAAACCUU